AUGUUGGAUAUAUGCCGAGCCCAGGGAUCGGCGGACCCAGUUCUGAAAACCACGGCUCAGCCAGCUGGGGAAGUAGUUCCAACUACAGACUAUACAUUUUUAACCUUUCUCUUACAUCAGCUUGUAUUAGUCAUCUUCAUGGUAGUGGUUUUUUCUGUGGCCAACCCUGGAUCCUCCUGGCGAUAUUUCUGUAAUUGGAAUACAGGACAAUAUAAAUGCACUUAUGUGCUUUGCACACAUUCAUUUGAAGGAAAGCACAACUGCACAACGAGUGUUACAACUCCAAAAGGAGCAGGAGUCAUGGGAAGUGCAACCUCUUACAGAUAUUCUUGUGUUUUGAAUACAGGGAAAUAUAAGUGCACUCACAUACGUUGCACACAUUUCUUCGAUGGUUACAAAAAUUGCACAACUAGUGUUACUACUCCAAACGGUGAAGGAGUACCUAGAAGUACGACUAAUUUUAAAUUACCUGGAGAAUUUCCAAACGAAACAAAAAAAAGAUAAUCGUAGGAUCAUAACAAACGCUUAUCCA